GCUUCCUUGCAUGGAAAGACUAAACUAUAAAUAAAAGGGCAGAGAGACACACAAAUUGUGUAAAUCAGAAAUGUUGAAGGAAGGUAUGCUACUCGUUUUCUUAGCGAUUACGCAAUUCUCAAACGCUGAUGAACCCUUCGACGUUCGGAAACACCUUGCCACUGUAACCAGGUAUGCUGAUUCGAAGGACAUAUCCGGGAAUUCUUUCGUAUCUUCUGAAACUCCAGAUCAAUGUACACCAAUUCAUUUGAAUCUAGUGGCAAGACAUGGCACUCGUGCACCAACAAAGAAGAAGAUAAGGGAAUUAGAAGCCUUGGAUGCUCAUUUGGAAGUCCUUGUACGUGAUGAAAAAGAGCAUAAGCAAUCUUUGGAGAAAAUUCCCGCUUGGUUAGCGGGAUGGAGGUCUCCUUGGAAAGGAAAAGUUACAGGUGGAGAAUUGAUCGCUGAAGGAGAAGAUGAAUUAUAUCAUCUCGGAAUUAGAGUCAGAGAAAGAUUUCCAGACCUUUUCAAUGAAGAAUACCACCCAGAUGUAUAUUCAAUCAAGACUACCCAGGUUCCUCGGGCAUCAGCUAGUGCUGUGGCAUUUGCGAUGGGUCUAUUUAAUGAAAGAGGGAAGCUUGGACCAGGAAGGCAUCGAGCUUUUGCAGUUACCAGCGAAAGCCGUGCAAGUGACAUAAUUUUGAGAUUUCAUGAUUGUUGUCAAAGCUACAAGGCUUUUAGAAAAAGUCAGGAGCCAAAUGUGGACAAGCUCAAAGAACCUCUAUUGAAUGAAAUUACUCGUGAAUUAGUCGGGCAAUAUGGGCUUAAUUUUACAAAUCAAGAUGUAUCUUCUUUAUGGUUCCUCUGCAAACAGGAAGCAUCCUUGUUGAACAUCACCAAUCAAGCUUGUAGUCUGUUCAGUCCAUCUGAGGUUUCUUUGUUGGAGUGGGCUGAUGAUUUGGAGUUGUUCAUUCUGAAAGGCUAUGGUGACACACUAAAUUAUCAAAUGGGAGUGCCACUGCUUGAGGAUGUUGUUCAAUCAAUGGAACAGGCAAUUAAGGCUAAAGAAGAAGGAUAUGCUCCAGGGAUCUAUGAAAAAGCAAGAAUGCGUUUUGCUCAUGCAGAAACUCUCCUUCCCUUUUCAUGCCUAAUCGGGCUCUUUCUUGAAGAAUCUGAGUUUGAACUGAUACAAAGAGAGGAAAGCUUGGAACUCCCUCCUAAGCCUCCUAAAAAUAGAAACUGGCGGGGAAGUAUUGUGGCUCCUUUUGCUGGAAAUAACAUGUUAAUCCUUUACAGCUGCCAAUUGGACAACUCAAGCAAGUACUUUGUGCAAGUGCUACAUAACGAACGUCCCAUUGCAUUGCCAGGUUGCAAUGGUUCGAGCUUUUGCCCGUUCGAAGUAUUCAAGGAAAAAAUAGUUGCUCCUCACUUGAAACAUGACUACAACAUGCUUUGCGACGUAAUAGAACAGAAACAAAAGGAUUCUGCUUCGAGUAAGUUAUCACAAAUACUUACUUGGUUUUGGUCACCGAGGAAUGCUGGUUCAUUGGGCUAGAAAGAUGAUUUAUAGUUCUCACAAGUUUUCUUCUUUUCUUAUUCUUUUUGAUCUUUUCUAUGUUUGGCUGGUUGUGUCUGCUUAUUGGCAUGAUUCAAUCGUUAGGCCAUGCAGAUGAUCCUGGCAGGUUACGAUUGCUAGGCCAAAUACUGCAUGGAUGAAGUUUAGGGGUGACUCAGUAACUGGUGGAUUUUUGGAGGUCUAACUAUAGGUAGCAAAGAAGGAAUAUAAUUAGUGAAAAUCCUUACUAGUGUUACUGGUAUGUUUUUCACAUACGGGAAGU